AUGGCUGAACUUGGACUCGGCUUGCUAAAAUAUCAAAGAUCUUUUCAGGUUUCCGGAUUAAUAGCUACCGAGACAAACGCAUCUCUUUUUUUAAAAAAAAAAUGUGAGUGUAUUACAGUCAUGUACAGAUCAGAUUAUGCUAGUCUUAUAUAUAUAUGUGUGUUUAUCUAUGUAUUAUUCUGGGUGACAUGCAAGUUAUGGGACAUAGUCAGCCAAGCAUUUGGAAACUACUUGCUUUCUAAUGUCAGUAAAGUAGUGUCUAGUGGCGGUGUUACAAACAUUUUCUGGUGGUGUGUGCACUUGUUUUUGUCAAAUGGUGUGACCCUUAGCACUUGUGUACCUUGUUUCUUUCCUGCUAUUAGAGAAUCGAGGAAUGUAGGAUAUUUUGAUCUCCUUGGUAAAUCAAAGGUCUACAUAUAUAUUCAUGUUCUUUUCUCUGUUCAUUUUCAAGUGGCCGUUCUUGGUGUGAAUCACGAUUUAUCUGAGGGUGUUUGUGACCAUUUUGAAUAA